AAGUCGCGGAUCUCUGGGGGCGACCUUUUGAUCUUGUCUCCUUCGCCUAGUUUGGAGGCAUUUAUUAUUAUGUAGACAUAGUAUCUCCAUACUGACCAUAGCUAUGAUGAAGAUCUCUGCUGGCGUCUUACUGCCUCAUCACCAUUGGUGGAUUCGAUUAUGGCUCCAAAUUCAAGUUCCGGUCUUGCCCUCAAAUUGUCAUGUCGAUGGAUAUUUGCGCCAUUUCAACACCCGAGCCGAGAAAGAGCGGAAGUAACUAGUUUCUUUGCUGGAUAUUGGCCCGGAAGAGAACGCGCACCCACCGAAAAGAACCAAUGGCAAUGGACAACUGGGUAGAAAGUUUCCGGAUGGGGCCCGCAGAUCAGGAAACCAGACUGACCGACAACAGACAAGAGAUUGAUCAUCAACAGCAGCAGCAGCAGCAAAGGCAACAACAACAACAACAACAACAACAACAACAACAACAACAACAACAACAACAACAACAACAACAGCAGCAGCAGCAGCAACAACAACAACAACAACAACAGGAGCAGCGGAAUCGCCUCAACCGACUGCUAACCAUACCUCAAACAGCAUCAGCGCCAGCCCUGAACACUGGAACAAGAAGGCAGACCUUCGUCCGGUGGUGUUGAAUUCAACACCACCGGACGAAUCAUUCAUUCCAUAAAUUAUUAGAAUUAUCCUUAUUUAUUCACAGUUUAUCCUAACCGUCCAUGCACAUAUACCUCCUAUUAUAAUACAGAUAACCAGAAAUUAGUAAUCAACUAUUUAUGGCACACAUUUGUUUUCUCAAUUUUCAUGCGGCAUUCGCAUUGCAUACGGCUGUUUCGUACUUAGAUUCUAGACAAAUCUAUACUUUAGUGGAUCUACUUAGCAUGUAGCAAAGCACCGAAGGCUUCAUUCAUUCUCCUUUAAAGUAGCAGUUGUAUGGCAUAGACCAAUCUCAGACCUCUGUACUCGGGAGAAUUUCCAGAGAACAUCUCAAA